AUGAGUUCUUCAAUAGGGAUCCAACAGAUUCAGCUCUUGGGUCGCGACCUCCGAGGACCAGAACAUGAUAAGCUGUGGAACCAACUCGAGGCUGAAAUCCAUCUUCACAGACACAAGACGGUGAUACGAGCCUGCCGAGGGCGCCGUGCAACCAGGAGGCACGUGCCACAGCCUGACGGUCAUGAAGCUGCUAUCAACAAUCGAGGUGUUGGUGAUAUAAGAACGGUCACAUUGGCUAAAGAACCUGAGGAAGGCCUAGGGAUGUCUAUUACGGGUGGUAAGGAACACGGUGUUCCCAUCCUGAUCUCUGAGAUACAUCCCAACCUCCCUGCCGACCGGUGCCAAGAGCUGUACGUAGGUGAUGCCAUCCUAUCUGUCAACGGGAUCAAUCUCCUGGACAUGAAGCAUGCUGAUGCUGUAGACAUACUCUCACAACAGGAUGGCGAGAUCAAGCUCAAGGUCCAGUUUGUGGCUCCGGAUUCAGACAGCGACGAUGACGAAGAUGAUGAUGAUGACGAUGAGGAGUAUGAAGACGAUGAGGAAGCUUUCAUGGAGAAUGGGUACAGCAGAUACAGAUCAGCUUCCGAGGAGACGAUACCGAAUGGACAAGAUGAGAAGCGCCCUCAACAGCAAGGUGCAGUCAACAAGACACCGCAGAGGACACCUCACGCUGGGCCCAGGCAGGAUGCUAGCACCAAUACCUCCACCUCAUCCACAGUAGCCACAAAUGCACCAACAUCUGAUGAACACCAGGACAUUGUCCAACAGGAUCAAGGUUCAUCUCCAGGAAAGCAGCCUCAAGUAUCGAGUCCUCCCUCAGGAACUCCUGAAGAGAACGCAAAGGACGUUCCUGUAACGCCACAAAAGCAACCGGAGGUCUCAUCACCUUCAACUCCAGUGAGAGCCGCCAUGCAGGAUGGAGAAAAGGAGAUGUCAAGUGCAUCAGAAGCAGAACGGGUAAAGUCUCCGGAGGCAUCUCCAGCGAUGUCUGCACAGUCUGCAGCAAGUGCAGCAUCGGAAGGUCCAAAUACACCAACCAGUCCUUCAAAUGAUGGUUCCGGCAAAUCCACUGGAACCACUAAUUCACCCAUGAUGAAUGUUGGCACCAUGGCUGCGCAUGCCAUCCAGACAUUCGGUGGGUAUAGCGAAGAGGAUGGCAGUGAACAUGUCUUCUCUGGCUAGAUUCUACUGGCCAUUGUUCGGUGGACGUGAAAGACUGAGACAUAUCUUGUGUGUAUUCCUUGAACUGUUAUCAACCAGAAGGUCAUUCCAGUCAUCUACAGUGCAGGGGCUUAUGGUCAAACUCAUUGUAGCAAUUUAGUAUGGAGUUUACACCAGAGAUCAUUGCAAAGCUUUAUAAAAUAUUUAAAAUCGUUCUAAUAAUGCGAGUUUUAUCUGUUGAAAUAUUGUCGACUGAGCCACAAAUGAGUGUGUAUUUCCUAGUAAGUAUUGGCAAGUGUUUUUUCAGCACUGUGUAUUAAUAGGAGAAAAAUAAGAAAUAUACCUGAUUAAAAUAAUUUAUAUUUUACUAUUCAUCAAUGUAGUAAGGUAGGGGAUGGAUUAUUAGAUUCUAUCAAAAAGUCAAAGUACCAUGGACAUUUUAAGAAAACAAACUGUUCUUUAUCAAAUUGUAGUAUCUCAUUUAAUGAUGCAAUAUUAUGUUUUAUUUAUUUAUUUAUUAUCUGUUAUUCAUUAUUUGUUACUGCAACUCGGUGUCUAGAGAUUUUUUUUUUGCCAAACAAAUUAUUUUAUUUAUUACUUUGUUUGAAAAGGUAUGAUUUUAAAAUCAUACAGCUCAGAGAGCUACAUCAUUUCAAUUCAAAGUUUUACAAAAUUCUUUUUAAAGUUUUACCUCAUUUUAUGAUUAUACUGUAUGAAAAUGAAACUAACUCAAAAUACCACUUUAGAUUUUUUUUCAACUCUUUUACACAUGUAUCAUUUUGUGCCUUGAUUUGAAAUAUAAUUUCUACGCAACAAAGGCCGCAAUCUAUAUUAAUCAUAAUGGAAAUAGGAAUGCAAAAAUGGUCAAGUAAGUGUAUUAGUAUAAGAAUAUGUUUAUAUGCUGCUUCAAUGUAGAAAUAAGAAUGGGCAAUAUGAUGUUUUGGUAUUGGUUUCAAAGUGAUAUUUUGGAGUUGAUGUAAGAAAAAAGAAAGAAAUAACUUUGUUAAACAAUUCCUAGUAGACCUAACCCGCAAAUUAAAAAAAGUAUGUGUAUGUACAGCAAAUAUACAUGUAUUAUUUGUCAGGAAUAAUCAAUGCAUUCAUGUCUGAAAUCUCAUGGAUAAAAUGUUGCUACAUUGAAUCGCGUAAUGCAGGCGAGACUGCCAGAGGCACUCCACUUGUUAAUAAUAUACUGUACAUGUAGGGCUCUGAUCAACUAGUGAAGCUCAAAAGUAGGUAAUUCUGGAAUUUAAUUGCUUCAGUUUCUUUCGCAUACAGCGCCUUUGAAUGUUUUUUUUUAUAUAUAUACAGUAUAUACAAAAUGGCGCUAUACAAAUUCUGUUUAUCAUCAUCUUCAUCACCAGCAUCAUCAUCGUCAUUAGCAUCACCAUUAUCGUCAUAUCAAUUUUAAUACCGUCCAUAUAUCCACUUUUUUAGCAUUGCUGUUCUGUCAUGCCCAUUAAGCCUUGAUAACUUUUUCUUCUUUUGGAAUAAAUAUCUUUGAUUUGUGUAUUCAUAUGCUUUUUGUAUAAGAAAUCAUUUUCAAGAGGCUUUCUUAGAAAUGUACAGCAUAUUUGAUCAAAACACUGCAGUGUUUCAUUAUUUUUGUAGUAAAAAGUGAAUGCAUUACAAUUGUGAAGUACACUAUACGUGUAUUGUAAGUGUAUCAAUCUUUCAUUAUGAUAGUCUUUGGUUAUUUCAUGUGAAAAUGAUCAGUAAUGGUGAGAUUUCAUGUUUAAAGUGGCUAAUAGAUUUUAUCUAUACUAUGCUAGUUAAUUGCUAGCAUUUCAUAUGAUAUCCUAGAUAUUGACAGCUUUUGUGUGUGAUGGUCUUUUUGCUCCCACCUGAAACAAGACAUUAAAGGGUGUAACUUUGUGUAAAGCUUGAAUGAAGGAUUUCUUAAAUGGGCGAUUCCAUGCUAGAAAAUUCAGCCAUUUUCACAUUUUUCAACCUGCUGCCCAAACAAAAAAGGGGACUUCAAUUUGUUUUGUGGUAAUAUUAAAGUACUAAUGGGUAGUCAUGUAAAAAAAAAUGACAAUCAACAAAAAUAUGGUUUCCAUUGAUGAAUUAGGGGUGAAAAUGUCGAGUGUCGUACACACAACAUUUUCACCUUUAAAGGACAAAUCCACCCCAACAAAAAGUUGAUUUGAAUAAAAAGAGAAAAAUCCAACAAGCAUAACACUGAAAAUUUCAUCAAAAUCGGAUGGAAACUAUUAAAAAAGUUGACAUUUUAAAGUUUUGCUUAAUUUCACAAAACUGUUAUAUGCACAUCCUGGUGGAUAUGCAAAUGAGGAGACUGAUGACGUCAACCACUCACUAUUUCUUUUGUAUUUAUUAUAUGAAAUAGGGAAUAUUCUAUUUUUCUACUCAUUGUCAAGUGAAACAACGAUUAAUUCCUCCCUGAACAUGUGGAAUGAGUAUUGUUUAAUACUAUAUGAUUCAGUCAAGUUGGUCCUUAUUGUCAAAUCUAUAAAAAAUGAAAUAUUGUAUAAUUCAAACAAUUAAAAAACAAAAGAAAUAGUGAGUGAAGGACAUCAUCGACUGUCUCAUUUGAGUUGUGCAUAUCACUGCUUUGUGAAAAGUAAGGGAAACUUUAAAAUGUCAUAACUUUCUUAGUUUACAUCCGAUUUUGAUGAAAUCUUCAGCGUUUUGCUAGUUUGAUUUUUCUCUAUUUAUUCAAAUCAACAUUUUUCUGGGGUGGACUUGACCUUUAAUUCACCCGUACUCAAAUGUUUUUUUUUGGUUAUCAGUUUUUCACAUCACUACCUGCUUUAACUUAAUCAUUGACAAAAAAGAAAGUUUUAUUGCUCAGGCAUUCAGCUAAGAGACCAUAAAUUGUGGUCAAAAUGUCCUGUACGAACACGUAUGGAAUCGCCCAAAUUCUUAUGCUUUGGGCAUAUUAUUUUCAGAUAGAACAAACCAGAAAUAUGAAGGUAACAAAAUAGUUACAAGGAGCAAUGAUAUGCAGUCGGUCCAUGCGAUCUGAUAUUUGGUGAUAUCAUGCAUGUCCUGUUUUCCUGUUAUAAUCGAUUUACUGUUUGCAGCAAGAUUAUAUGACGAAUCAUAUAUAUGCUUUCACCACAGUUUAAAAGAUCAAUUUAUUUGUGCACUUGCAAAACAAACAAAAUGAUCUGUAUCACAUGACCAGUUCAGGUUAAAGUUAAAAAACACCCGAAAGUCCUUGGAUGGCUCUUUUGAUUGCCUGAAUAGCAGUUGCAUUUGUUAUUCCCAAUUUGCCCUUAAAUGCAAAUUUUCUGCAGCAUAAAGCUCUCUAUUUUAUUUAUAUGAAAACAUACGCUGUAGCACAGAAAGUAAUCAAGAUAAUGUAAUUUUCUCAAAUGAAAGGAACUGGAGCAAAAAUACUUGAUAAGACAGUUCCUAGACUCAUUUUCAUACAUGAAUUAGUAAGUGGAAGGGCACUUCCACUAAGGUAUUUAAUUUUGUUCAAAACCUAUUCAUAAGAGUUAAGCAUUGUGAUUUUAUAGUGGAAGCUGACUUUUUUGGUUAUGUAUAAUAGACAUGAACUUAUGGGCUUUCCUAUAAAAGGAUUUGUAUAAAAUUUGUUAAAAAUACAAAGCAAAGCUUUUGCUUCAUUAUGAUUCUUUCAAAAAGUAUAGAAAAAAUGAUCCAUGUUUAAAAGAUUUUCAUGAUGUCCUGAAGUCCAUCCGAAUGUCAUUCUUCCAGUUUCAGUGACAAUGAAUAUAAUUUUGAAUAAUUUUUUUCUAGAUUUGGAAUAUACUAUAUUGCAUAGAAUAGGUAGUGUGUGACAUUUUCCAUUGUUUGUAAAUACAUUGUUGCAUCGGGCUGUUGUGUCAAUUUUACAUGUUAAUUGUAUAAUGUGCAGUGUAACACACACCAAAUUAUUUUCUAUGUGUGAGGGAGAAUCCUAUAGAAAUUUUAGAAUCUACAGAAUAAACCCAGACAAAGUAGCGAAUUGAAGUCUCUCACUGAAGUGGAAUGAUUAGGUGAAUAUCAUUCUUACUCAUUAAAAAUAAUUGGAAUAUAGAUAAGUUUUCUUUUUUAUAAUAACAGAUAUAUAAAGAGUAUUCAUAUUUGUAAAAUAUUUAUAGUUUAAAAGGAGUGCAAAAAAUUAAGAGAAAAAAAGCAUUACUGUACAUGCAUUAUACAAUAAAUGUUGAUCUUUUCGUAAUCACAAUAUUUUCAACUAUAUAAAACCGAUGGGUUGAAGAAAACUGAUGUACGGUGUGGGAAAUAAUUUUUUGACCAUUUCGUAUGGGAACGUAGUAGAAAAGUGAUUGAAUAAUAAUCAUUUCCGAAACUGUACAUGUAUAGCCCUACCCAGAAUCCUGUGCACGUACAUGAAUGAUGUUUCAUGGUAUAUGGAGGUUGUGAAAUGUGCAUGUUUGCCCACAGUGCAAUACAUUGGUAAAAUACAUAUAUUCCAUAAAUAGCAUGUUUAUAUUAGAAUGCGUUUUGUAUGAAUAUUCAAUGUAGUUGUCUGUAUUUAUGGUGGGAGUAUCCAUUAAACCUGUGUUUCUAACCGUUAGAAACAUGAACAACAACGUUAA